AUGAGUUGGAGCUUCCUGACUCGCCUGCUAGAGGAGAUCCACAACCAUUCCACAUUCGUGGGGAAGAUCUGGCUCACUGUACUGAUUGUCUUCCGGAUUGUCCUUACAGCUGUAGGAGGAGAAUCCAUCUAUUAUGAUGAGCAAAGCAAAUUUGUGUGCAACACGGAGCAGCCAGGCUGUGAGAAUGUCUGCUAUGACGCCUUUGCACCCCUCUCCCAUGUGCGCUUCUGGGUAUUCCAGAUCAUUUUGGUGGCAACCCCCUCGGUGAUGUACCUGGGCUACGCCAUUCAUAAGAUUGCCAAGAUGGAGCAUGGCGAAGCAGACAAGAAAACAGCUCGGAGCAAACCCUAUGCAAUGCGUUGGAAACAGCACCGGGCUCUGGAAGAAACAGAAGAGGACCAUGAGGAGGAUCCCAUGAUGUAUCCGGAAAUGGAAUUGGAAAGUGAAAAAGAAAAUAAAGAGCAGAACCAACCUAAACCCAAGCACGAUGGCCGCCGGCGGAUUCGGGAGGACGGGCUUAUGAAAAUCUAUGUGCUGCAGUUGCUGGCAAGGACCGUGUUUGAGGUGGGUUUUCUGAUAGGGCAGUAUUUUCUGUAUGGCUUCCAAGUCCACCCAUUUUAUGUGUGCAGCAGACUUCCUUGCCCUCAUAAGAUAGACUGCUUUAUUUCGAGACCCACUGAAAAGACCAUCUUCCUUCUGAUAAUGUAUGGUGUUACAGGCCUUUGCCUAUUGCUUAACAUUUGGGAGAUGCUUCAUUUAGGGUUUGGGACAAUUCGAGACUCACUAAACAGUAAAAGGAGGGAACUGGAAGAUCCGGGUGCUUAUAAUUAUCCCUUCACUUGGAAUACACCAUCUGCUCCCCCUGGCUAUAACAUUGCCGUCAAACCAGAUCAAAUCCAGUACACCGAACUGUCCAACGCUAAGAUUGCCUACAAGCAAAACAAGGCCAACAUCGCCCAGGAACAACAGUACGGCAGCCAUGAGGAGAACCUCCCAGCUGACCUGGAGACUCUGCAGCGGGAGAUCAAAAUGGCUCAGGAGCGCUUGGAUCUAGCAAUCCAGGCCUACAGUCACCAAAACAACCCUCAUGGUCCCCGGGAAAAAAAAGCCAAAGUGGGGUCCAAAGCUGGGUCCAACAAGAGCAGUGCCAGUAGCAAAUCAGGGGAUGGAAAGACCUCCGUCUGGAUUUAA